AGUCAGCACAAGUUUGCAAGUGGCAACUUUGUUCAUUUCUUUUAAUUGUCAAGCAAAAUGGCGGAUCAGACAGAGAAAGCGUUUCAGAAACAGGCGACGGUGUUCCUCAACCGGAAGGGGGUAAUGAAGAAGAAAGAUAUGAGACACCAUAAGAAUGUUGGUCUAGGUUUCAAGACUCCAAGAGAGGCAAUUGAAGGUACCUACAUAGACAAGAAAUGCCCAUUCACUGGUAAUGUGUCCAUCCGUGGACGUAUCCUCACUGGGGUUGUGCAGAAGAUGAAGAUGCAAAGAACCAUUGUCAUCAGGCGAGAUUACCUUCACUACCUGCCCAAGUACAACAGAUUUGAGAAGCGCCACAGAAAUAUGUCUGUCCAUCUGUCACCUUGCUUCAGAGAUGUGGAACUUGGCGACAUCGUGACGAUUGGUGAAUGCAGGCCGCUCUCCAAAACUGUACGCUUCAAUGUUCUUAAGGUUUCAAAGGGCAAGGGCUCCAAGAAAUCUUUCAAAAAAUUCUAAUAAAAUUACUUUAUAAGUA